AUGGAUGAGAUUCGAGAAAAUGAAGGAAAGCACUCGACCGGCAGCCCAACACUCCAAUUGGCAGCCGGCCCUCCAGUCGGAGCAUCAACUCCAUUUGAAUUUUGCACCCGAGCCGAGAUUCCGCAAGUCCCCUCCGAGUCCGAGGAGCUCAACCGAGCACCCUACCCGAGCCCAUCCAUCCACGCCGAUGUGGAUGAUGAUCGUCGGCUCAUGAGAGCUUACAUUUGGCCUUAUCUGCCGCCAGUUCGAGUGACUCGCUUAUAA